CAUCGUUCUUGCACAGAGACUUCGUAUUCAUCUGUCCGAUGCGGACCUGGACGCUCUCCUGCUGCAAGCCGAAGAACUGAAAUCAGCGCUGCCUUCCCCGGACCUACCCAAACAAGAACUCGAGCUCGUCGAUCUUACCUCGGCGCCGUGGAACCGUUCCAACAUCCUGCCACCGAGCACCAGCGAGCCGCUGCUGAGAUGGCUCAAGAGCUUCUAUCAAGAGCAUGUGCAGCCCCUACACUCCGCGAUCGAGCCGCGCUUUCAAGAGUCUUUGAGAAUCCGAGCCAUCUCGUAUCCAAAGAUCCGAAGGAGGCUGGCGGAGUUCGGUCCCGAAGUGAGUCGUGCACUAGCUUUCAGGCGUGCAAGACUGACGGCUACUCUCAGGCAGAGUUGGUGCAUCCCACACGGGCGUGGGCGACGGUCUUCGAGGGCGAGGCGUGGAGGAAGACGCGAGGAGACGUCUCUCAUCCCAGCAUCCUGCUCAACGUCAGUCACGAGCCAUUCACGGUGCACCUGCACGCGGGUCCAACCCGGACGGCUUCAGGCGAGCGUCUGCCUCCCGGAGAUAAGUACAAGGGCCCCGACAUCGUCUCCACGCUCGUGCUCCAGCCUGGGCACAUUCUCUUCCACCGGCCUCUGGCCGAGCGGCGCUACCGCCUGGCUCCGGCGUCGCAGGCAGGAGACGGCCCAGCUUCGGACUACUGGGCUGUCGCGCUGACGAGACCUUUCUAUCUGCCGCGCGAGAAGAUCGUCAAGCAUUGGCGAAAGAUCAUGGCUAAGGCUAUGAAGAAAGUCGCACCUCCUCCAAAGCGAACGUCGAAGAAGUGGGCGGUCUACGAAAAGGAAGGGCGGGCGGUGGCGAAGUGGGCGGCCAACGUGGCGUCGGAUGCCCUGGUAGCCCAUAGAGCGAAGGUCAAGAGGUCAGGGAUCAUACUGGCGAAGAUGCUGGCAGAGAUCGCUGCAGAAGAUUCCGACGACGGCGUUCAGCAGGACGCAGCUCGUCAGGCCAAGCGACCCCGACUCUCAUGAAAAGAAAGACGCACUGAGGCGCUGCGUCUCACUUCGCUUUGAGUACGCUGUGCCCUUUAGUUGUCUCAGAAGCUGGCUGCGAAUGAAACAAAUGCUCGAGUUC